AUGACCUCAGAAAUCACCAACCAGAUGGCGGCGACGAAUUUAAACAGCGAUGCGGCACCUUCAGCAGGCGCCAAUUGGAAAGAAGGACUGAAAGCGCCUGCAAAGGAUGCGCGGCCACAGACCGAGGACGUCACCGCAACCAAAGGCCUCGAAUUCGAAGAUUUUUUUAUCAAGCGCGAACUCAUGAUGGGCAUCUUUGAAGCUGGGUUCGAAAAGCCAUCGCCUAUCCAGGAAGAGACAAUCCCAGUCGCGUUGACUGGCCGAGAUAUUCUCGCACGAGCCAAGAAUGGCACGGGAAAGACGGCUGCCUUUGUCAUUCCCACACUCGAGCGCGUAAACCCAAAGAUUUCCAAAACCCAAGCUCUCAUCCUUGUUCCCACCCGAGAGCUCGCUCUACAAACAUCGCAAGUAUGCAAGAUGCUGGGCAAGCACCUUGGCAUCAAUGUCAUGGUCUCGACAGGUGGAACGGGACUCAAGGACGAUAUUAUACGACUAAGCGAUCCGGUGCACAUCAUUGUGGGAACACCAGGCAGAAUUCUCGAUUUGGCAGGCAAGGGCGUGGCCGAUCUCUCGGCCUGUCAGACCUUUGUCAUGGAUGAGGCUGACAAGCUCUUGUCCCCAGAAUUCACUCCGGUCGUGGAACAGCUUCUUGGCUUCCAUCCCAAGGACAGGCAGGUCAUGCUUUUCAGUGCCACGUUCCCAAUCGUGGUGAAGAGCUUCAAGGACAAGCACAUGAACUCACCAUAUGAGAUCAAUCUGAUGGACGAGUUGACUCUUCGCGGUAUCACGCAAUACUAUGCCUUUGUGGAGGAGAAGCAGAAGGUACACUGCCUCAACACGCUUUUCAACAAGCUGCAGAUUAAUCAGUCCAUCAUUUUCUGCAACUCUACGAAUCGCGUCGAACUUCUCGCGAAGAAGAUUACUGAGCUUGGAUACUCUUGCUUCUACUCGCAUGCGCGCAUGCUCCAGCACAACCGAAACCGCGUCUUCCAUGACUUCCGCAACGGCGUCUGCCGAAACCUUGUCUGUUCCGAUCUCCUGACUCGUGGUAUUGAUAUCCAAGCCGUCAAUGUCGUCAUCAACUUCGAUUUCCCCAAGAACGCAGAGACCUAUCUGCAUCGUAUUGGUCGUUCUGGUCGUUUUGGCCACCUUGGAUUGGCUAUCAACCUUAUCAAUUGGGAAGACCGCUUCAAUCUCUACCGUAUCGAACAGGAACUUGGUACGGAAAUUCAGCCCAUUCCUCAGGUCAUUGAGAAGAACUUGUACGUGUAUGAGUCUCCGGAAUCCAUCCCUCGUCCCAUGUCCAACUCGCAGCGGCCCCAAGGCCAACCGCAAGACCAGGAUGGAGUGCGUGGCAGCUCUAACCAGAGCUCGCGCGGCAACUAUCGUGGCGCACGUGGUGGCUCUGGUCAAUUCCAAGGACAGCGUCGAGCCCCUUCCCAAAACCAGCCGGGCCAACAACCUCGACCUUCGAAUGGCCAACAGCCUCAACGCAACCCUAGGCCUCAGACCACUGGCCCUCCUCAAGCAUCUUAA